AUGGAGUACAAUGUCAAUUCUCCCCUUCACUGCAAACUCUCAACAUUUUUAUGCAGCAUCAAAAUUUCAUAUUUAACUUGGCAUUGUAUUGCUUCCAGGUAUCAGAAAUCGAAUAACGGGAAUUUUCCAUCUCUUAAUCUUACACACAAAGAAGUUGGUGGCUCUUUCUACACAGUGCGAGAAAUCGUUCGAGAGAUUAUUCAAGAAAAUAGAGUGUUGGGUCCAGCAAAAUUGUUUUCAGAAGACGAUGACUCUCGGUUUCUGGAAAAACAUCCAGUAGGAUCUAUUUCUUUUGAUCCUCAAAAUGGUUUGCCAUUAUCAGAUAAAACUAAUGCUGUGAAACAUGCUCCAUCCAAUCAAGAUGAAAUAACCAGUGGAGAUCACAUUUUUAAUUUUAACCUGCAGUUUCAUGGAACUGAGCCAGUGGCAUUGGACAAUAAACCGUUAGUUAAUGAACUAAGCAAUGCAGAUGAAAAAGAUGGAGGAUCUGACGAACCCAGAAUGAGUCAAAAGUGUGUGGAUGACCAAAUUGUCAACGAUAGCGAGAUGUUCGAAAAAGAUCAAGAAUGUCAUAAACCAACCAUAGCAAAUACUAUUCCCAUUCCUCGAGACACCACCUGUGAAACUUCUGUCCUAUCUAGUGGGAUGUUUCGUCAACCAGAGAGUCAGAGGCUUAGUGAUGAACAAAUUUUGGAUAAGAGCAGUCAGAUAAAUGAACCAACAAAAGCUGUGACAUACAUGGAGGCGGUAGCAAAAGAGAUUCUGGAUAGAGAGAAAGAUAUAGUGAAAGAACUAGAAACAUCAGAAGCCAUAAUGUCUCAUAAGAAACCUGAGGAUUUGGUGGAGACAUUUCCGUUAACGGCCGUUUCUAAGAGAAUUCACGACAUGGAUGAAGAAGAUAGCAAGUUAAGCGAUGUAUCUGGGACCUUGGAAGAUAGGGCAACUCAUCAUGAGGGAAUAAUGUUUACUAAGAGCUUGUCUGCUUUAACUUAUGGGAAGGUUGAGGAAAAACUUCCAUCUUUGGGAAGUUCAGACAUUGUGACAACUGCCGAAGCCACUACGCUUGAUGGUAGUAUUGUUAAAAAUGUUGAAGCAAAGGAUUCGAUGCCUGAUGGAACUAAGGCCUGUGAUUCUCCCCAGCAGCCGAUUCUGAAGGAGUCCACUGCUGUCGUAAGAAAACCUUAUGUUCAAGAUAAUGGCAGUUUUCAGAAAGAAAGUAAUCCCAUGCUGGACAGGAUUAAUCUUGAAACGUGGGAAGGGACGUCAAAGAAAUCACCAGACCCUAAUCCACUUUUGACCUUACUCAAGGGAUUUAUCAGUGCUUUUGUGAAGUUUUGGACUGAAUAAGGUUUUUUAGUUUUUCCUUCCUGCAUUUAGAAUCUGAUAGUAAUUGAGUCAGUUGCUGCUAUGUUCCCCUGUGAAAGAAGAAUUAUUUGUUGACGUGAGGAUUCAAAUGCCAUAUUUACUAGACGGCAGAGAGCAACAUGUUAGUUGAUUUUAGGUUUUUUACUGCUUUUUCGUUGUCAAAUUUAGAGACCACUGUGCAAAAAUUUCAAGUUUGGGGGAGGGGGAAACAAAGUGCUGUUUACUCUCUUUAUAAAGCUUAAUAUUCGCAUGACAACAGCGAACCUUUUAAGCGAAUAAGAUUACAAGAUGAGAUUGAUGAUUGAGUGGAGAUAUUAUAUGGGAUAGACUUGAUUUUAAAUUUA